CGUAUCUAAACAAACCUCUUCCCAAAAGUGAAUUCGCGCGAUCCGGGCUCCUCUGGAAACAUACCAUCUAAUAAUUACGGAAUUAUUCUGGUUUAAUUCCGUUGUUUUGUGAUUAUUAGUAGCGCAAAAAGCCAUAGAAUCAUGGUUAGUGAAGUGGAAUCCAGUGAUACCGACCCGUGGCCGGCCAGUCAAGCGUCGGAACCCGAGGGAGAAUUGCAAACGUUGCCCGGUUUCAUGGAUAAAGCAGUUCCACCGGAUCGCGGCAGCGGCGAUGAGAAUGGCUUUAAGGAAGCACCGGAUACAAUCAAGGAGAAGAAGGCUUUCUGCUGCACCGAAUGUGGACUGGUUUUUCGGAAACAGGACGAUUUUGACCGGCAUCGGUUUUUCCAUACGGGCGUGAGGGAAUACCGCUGUUCGGAACCAGGAUGCGCCAAAGAAUACACCAACCGAGCCCAUCUGAACCGUCACAUAAGAUCGAACCAUGUAACGAAAGCGCCGGAGUCCACGUCUAACCUAAUCCGAUGCAAACACCCCUCCUGCAGUAAAACAUUCUCCUCAGAUCAGAAUAUGCGACGACAUUACGAUCUGAAGCACAUUCUCGGCAAAUCCUGGACCUGCGACGAAUGUGGCGAGCGAUUUUGGCGGAAACUUCAACUGAAGCAGCACUCCGUCAGGCACACGGGUCAAUAUCCGCACCGCUGCGACCACUGUGACAAGGGAUUCAUGAACCUUAAGUCCCUGCGGCACCACCGAACCAUGCACGCUAUUCACCGUUGCGACUCGUGUCCGUCGGAGUUCACCCGCUGGACGGAUUUGGUUGCCCAUCGAAAGCUUCAGCACGUUACUAUGUACCAAUGUGACAUCUGCCAGGGUAAGUUCCGAUCCAAGAAGAACCUCAAGGCCCACAUCUUGGUGCACCAGAAGAUCAAAGAAGGUACCGAGCAGGAAGUGUUCCAGUGCCCCUACGAGGGAUGUCCCAAAUUUUACGACUACGAGCGGAACCUGAUGGCCCACGUGCGGGCUAAACACGAAGGAAGCCGGAAAUUUGUCUGCCCUGUCGAGGAAUGCGGCCGGACCUUAUCCUCGCAGCAGAAGUUGGACCAACAUCGGCGGAUGCACGAAUCGGCCGCCAGAAGUGUUCCCCGCAUGAAAGUCCCGGGGAAACCGGCGGCACGACGGAAAGACGCCGGUCAACAGAAGCGAUCGACCGCCUCCCGGUUGGCUAACGUUCGACUGGAACCGGAAGUGGAGCGGAUUCUGAUCGAUCAGAGCCCCGAUCGGAGACCAGCCAUCGAGCUGGAGGGUUCCUUCUCGAUGGAUUCGGCUUCGGAGUCCGAGGUGGAACCGAGUGCCACUGUGGGGGCUGUUCUGCAGAGUCAGCUGGCGCGGAUACAGGAUGAAAUACGGCGAAUGCAGGAGCAGUCCAAUCAGGGUUGACCGACAAGUUGGAUUUGUGUAGGUAUUGAAGUUUGAAGAUGAAAUGAAUUCGAAGAAGGCGUUAAAAAUGUGAAAUAAAUACAUGGCAUGUCGUAAGCAUACGCUUGCGUUGAAUAUUCAACACAGUUAACCAAA